CUGAAAAAAACGACGCGCGCUAAGGUGUACAGCCAUUGAAACGGAAACCGUAAUUAAAACAAAGAUAUAGAUGUGCGCCAGAUUAGAGCGUAUCGGGUUAAUUAAAACUUAAUCGCUGUAGUUAUCACAAAAUAUUGUUUUAUUUGCUAAUAACUCCGGCAUUGUAUUUCACAACAAUCGAAAGGCAACAUGUCCGAGGGCUCGAUGAAGGCAAAGGUCGCGGACCCUCUGUUGGUGGCACUGGACAGACUCGGAUGUGGGUCCAAUUUUCUAUGGAUAAUAUUCAUUUUCACGCUCACUCCGACGAUAUUUAACGGAAUGCAUUCGAUGUCGUACAUUUUCAUUGCCGAGGUUCCCACUCACUGGUGUAAGGUUCCGAGUCUAAUCGCCGCAAAUUGGACAGAUGAGAGAAUAAGGAACAUUUCUUCAGCCACUUCGUGCACUAUGUACAAUUACGAUUAUGAACAUUUUGCACAGAUUGGAUUCGAGAAAGCUUUAGAAUACAAGAACAAUAAUUCUUUACCAGAAGAGAUAGCUUGCGCAGAGAGGAGCUUCGCGCACGACCUUGAUGGCACUUCAUUUGUCGAAGAUUGGGACUUAGUGUGCGAUAAAACAGCAGCUCGCUCGAGCACUCACAUGGCCCUGUCGCUCGGUAAAUUGUUGGGCAGCGCAUUCUUCGGAGUUUUUGCUGAUAAAUAUGGACGUAAAGUCAGUUACGUGAUUGGUAUAAUAUUGUUGAUAACGUCCGGCCCAGCCGGCGCUAUUGUCCCAUGGUAUUGGGGUUUCAUGAUCUCACGGCUUUUUAAUGGAGCAAGCCACGCUGCGAUCCAGUAUUCGGCAUUUACGACACUUACAGAAGUUGCGAACGAGAAACAUAGACAGUGGAUGGGAAUCGCUUAUAACAUAGGUUAUGCCAGUGGAAUUGUCAUUAUACCGGGCGUUGCUUAUUUCCUGCACGAAUGGAGACACGUGCAAUGGGCGAUUUCCUUACCAGCCUUAUUACUUCUAAUACCCUUAUGGAUCAUGCCAGAAUCGCCAAGAUGGCUGAUAGCACACAAUCGUCGAAGCGAGGCGAAAUAUUUGAUCGAGAAAGCGUGCAAGAGGUCAUCCUCCUCAUUGGCAAAAACAGAAUCAUCUUUAUCCAUGCAUGAACAAGAUUUCAAAGAUUCGAACGACUCGAUUGCAAGUAACCAGGACUCUAAUAAGGGACGAUUAAGGAAAGACAUCAAAGGCUUGCACGUUCUGGUUAGUAACAGUGAGUUGCGCAACAGACUCAUGAUCACGAAUUUCAACUGGAUGACUGCCUCACUCUCUUAUUACGCACUAGCAUUAAAUGUGAAUAAUUUUUCUGCGGAUCGGUAUAUUUACGUCCUGAUUAUGGGAUUGACUGAAAUACCAGCUUAUUUAAUACCGACGCCAAUAUUAAUGGUUAUUGGACGACGACAAGGAAGCGGUUCUUUGUAUAUCAUAGCAGCAAUAUGCUUAUUAAGUAUUUUGACAAUACCUACGUCGAAUACGGGCACGAUCAUGAUCAUAGCCCUCAUUGGAAGGUUCAGCGCAUCAGCUGCUUAUGGGAUCGUCAUUUUGUACAGCUCGGAGCUGUUCCCUACGGUGUGCAGAAAUUCCGCGGUCGGGACAAAUUCAGCGAUGUCGCACGUCGGGAGUAUAGCUGCGCCUUAUGCAGCCGAUUUGUUGGGCGCUGUUGUGUGGUGGGGGCCAACCACUUUGUGCGGCGUUUUCGCCCUAAUGGCCGGCCUUCUGUGUCUGAUACUGCCGGAAACUCGUGGUAGACCUAUGGCGAACACGGUCGACGAAGAAAUUAGGAAUGACCGAGAAAACGUCUCCUUACGUAACUGCUAUAAAUGUUCGUGAUGUGUUCACCAUAUUUUAUUACUAUACUCUAAAAUUAUUUGUUACAAAACGUAGCAUUUAUAGUAUUCACGUCAAUGCAUCAACGUUCGUGCCAUUUUUGUAAGAACAUUUGAUAAGACACUAUGAUGUUUUGUACGUGGAAUUUUCAACUGAUUUUUGUAUACACGGUUAUCAUUUACAUGUGAAAUAUUUUAAGAAAUAAAAUUAAUCUUCCAAUUU